AGAAACUGAUAGCGAACAUCAUAAGCCCUGAUCAGACUACGUGGAUGCGGCUGGUGUAGAUCCAUGCUGGUCGCAUAUGCACUAUGUUGGUUUUGUCAUGUCGCGGAUCGUAUCCCUAUUUCGAGAAAAUAUUCAAUGAUUGUUACAGGAGAAAGAAAUAUGUUUUACAAGUAUUUACACUGUGAACAUAGGUCAAAAGCAGACGACCUGAAGACAAUCGCGCAUAUGACUUUACCUACAGUUUCAGCAAAUAUUUGGUUGUUACGUGUACCAGGUGUUUUAUCAACAGUGGAAGUUUAAAUACGAUUGCUUGGGUGUGUGUUUAUGAUAUAGCGGUUUUGACCAUUGUUCCAUUGCAAUGCGAUUUUUGUUGUGUCGCUUCUUUUUAUCUUGCAAAGUUGUAUUGGUGCAUUAUAGUUGCAAACAGUAAACUUCAAUCUGUCAUCAUUCAAGAACCAUAAGAAUAAGAAUGCAAGUGAUAUACUUCUAACUGACUGUAUUUUUUUUUAUUUUAAAUGCGGCUGAUAUAAAACUAGCAUUUUAAAUGGUUGAUUAUCGAAUCCUGUGGAGAUAUAAAACCAUCACUGAAGCCGCAAAACAUCAAAUCAUUUGAUCGACAGACAGCGUAUGUGUAAGCACGGAAUAAUCGGAUAUACUAUUAUUACAGGUUUAAUAGAUACGUCAUGAUGGACAGUUACGGGUCUUUAAAUGGCAGUGCAAAUUUUAGUUUGCAAUCAAUGCACGGACAAGAUAGUAAUUCAUCGGGACAAUCAACAAAAGAUUGGUAUGACCUUUAUAACGAAGAAUAUAAUGAAUUAGACAAUACGUAUACGGUAUCUGACGUGGAUGUGAUUUCCAUUGUUCUUUGUAUUUUAGGCAUCAUUGCAAACAUUGUGUCUAUUAAUAUGGUAAUACGAUUACAUCAGAAGUUGUCCACACAUUUAAAACUGAUCAUUAGUUUAUGUUGCUCAGACUGUUUAAUCCUGAUUCCAACUUUUCUCAGCAAAGUAUUUCUCAUGACACAUGAAAUAAAUCUUUGCUUUAAUGUUGCUGUGCGACUGGUAACAGACCUGGCUCUAUUAGCAACAUUGUUGAAUCUUCUUGCAAUCGCAGUGGAUCAUUAUCUGGCCAUACUCAGACCGUUGAUGUAUAAAAAGCAAAUGACAAGUAUUCGUGGUAUAACCGUUGUGUUGGUGAUUUGGUUCGUGAGUGUUUUAGCAAUUGCUGUUGAAAUAAUUAUGGGUAUUGCACACCAACGAGAACAGGAAACUCUGUGUCAGGUAAUUGCGUAUGAUAAAGUAAAUUCUGAGCUUGGAAUAGUGACUUUUAUCUUUCUCGUUUUAUUAGUGAUUUUUGUGAUUUAUGGUAGGAUCUACAUAUGUGUUGUCAGAAACAGGUCUAUACAUAGAAAGACGAGACAUAGGCAGAACGAAACAAGUAACAUUAAGGCCUUAGUAACGACAUCUCUCUUCGUGUUGACGUUUGUAUUCUUCUGGACGCCGAUUGGAAUAUUCAACGUUUACUUAUACAACAAAGAUAUCAUGUAUAUCUUGAACAAUCUAGAGGGAAUCGAACAGACUGGUGAUAUUUUGUAUGUAAUUUUGAUUUUAAAUGCUAUAGCUGACCCAAUCAUCUACACGUUUCGUUUGCCUCAAAUACACAGAAAAUGUUUUAUAUUUCGUACAACAAUGAGGAGACAGUCUACUAAAACGAGUACAUUGACAUCUGAAUUGCAAGAUUUGAAGAAGCCCCUAAGGUGAUAAAAUCAAAGGCUUAUUGCUGCUUUAUCGCUGUCGUUCAAACUGGUUGAGUGUCAUUUAUCGUAAUACUAUAUGAAUUUGAUAUAAUUAUUAUAAUGCAUUUGAUUUAUUUAUAAUUUAUUUAUUUUUUUAUCUAUUCAUUUAUUUACUGUUAUUAUUAAUUCAUUCAUUCACUCAUUUAUUUUUUAUUUAUUUAUUUAUUUAUUUAUUUAU